AGAGAGUGGUCGGGUCGAGGAAGGAGAUCCGAUUAGCAACCCACAUGGAGAGGACCCUAUCAAAAACCAGCGCCAUGAGCACCACAAGCGCCAGACAUCCACUGAAGGCACAGAGUCCAGUGCCUAAAAGGAAACAAUAAAGAAUGGAAGCAUCUCCUUCUCUUUUCCUCCCUAAGCCCACUUCUCUUAGCAACCUAAAGCCUCCUCUGCCCCUUUGCUUUCCUCUCAAGCGUUUCGUUUCGAUAUCUAAGCUCCAAACUCAAGCCCAAUCCAGGAAUUUUUGUGCUUUGUAUGGGAAGAGAAAUGGCUUCUCUUUCUCUACUGCAGUUGCCACUGAGUCAGCGACUGUGUCCCAGAAUGACACUGCUCAAGAGACCCAGAAAGAGGAAAAAGAGAAAAUUGUUCUACCCACUAAUGAAUCGUCAGAGAAACUCCUGAGAAUUCGCCACACGUGUGCGCAUGUUAUGGCCAUGGCUGUUCAAAAGCUCUUCCCUGAAGCAAAAGUGACGAUUGGGCCAUGGAUAGAAUAUGGGUUUUAUUACGAUUUCGAUAUGGAGCCGUUGGCUGAUAAAGACCUCAAGAGGAUUAAGAAGGAGAUGGAUCGCAUUAUUGCCCGAAAUUUACCGCUUGUAAGAGAAGAAGUAUCCCGAGAUGAAGCUCAGAGAAGAAUAAUGGCUGUUAAGGAACCUUACAAGAUGGAAAUUUUGGAAAGCAUAAAAGAAGAUCCCAUUACUAUCUAUCAUAUUGGUGAAGAAUGGUGGGAUCUUUGUGCCGGGCCUCAUGUUGAGUCUACUGGCCUUAUUAAUAAGAAAGCUGUGGAACUUGAAUCUGUUGCUGGUGCUUACUGGAGAGGAGAUGAAAACAGACAAAUGUUGCAGAGGAUCUAUGGAACAGCUUGGGAGAAUGAAGAACAACUAAAAGCCUAUCUUUACUUCAAAGAGGAGGCUAAACGACGAGACCAUAGGCGCCUUGGCCAGGAUCUUGAUCUCUUUUCUAUACAGGAUGAAGCUGGUGGAGGUUUGGUGUUCUGGCACCCAAAGGGUGCCAUUGUUAGGCACAUUAUAGAAGACUCCUGGAAGAAAAUACAUGUAGAACAUGGUUAUGAUUUGCUAUAUACUCCUCAUGUGGCAAAGGUGGAUCUCUGGAAGAUCAGUGGUCAUCUUGACUUCUACAGAGAGAACAUGUAUGAUCAAAUGAAGAUUGAGGAUGAGAAUUAUCAACUUCGGCCUAUGAAUUGCCCUUACCACAUUUUGGUGUACAAAAGAAAGCUCAAUUCUUAUCGUGAUUUUCCAAUCAGGGUUGCAGAGCUAGGAACAGUAUAUAGAUAUGAGUUAUCUGGAAGCUUACAUGGUCUUUUCCGUGUAAGAGGGUUUACCCAGGAUGAUGCACACAUUUUUUGUUUGGAAGAUCAAAUUAAAGAUGAAAUUAGGGGAGUCCUAGAUCUUACAGAGGAGAUACUACUGCAGUUUGGUUUCAGCAAGUAUGAAGUGAACCUCUCAACUAGGCCAGAUAAAUUUGUGGGAGAUGAUGAUAUAUGGGAAAAAGCAACAUCUGCCCUUAAAGAUGCUUUGCAUGAUAAGGGGUGGAUCUAUCAAAUCGAUGAAGGUGGUGGUGCCUUUUAUGGUCCAAAGAUUGAUCUUAAGAUUGAGGAUGCUCUGGGAAGAAAGUGGCAGUGCUCGACAAUACAGGUCGAUUUUAACUUGCCUCAACGGUUCAACAUUACUUAUGUUGAUUCAAACUCGGAGAAGAGGCGACCUAUAAUGAUUCACAGAGCAGUGCUUGGGUCCUUAGAGCGGUUUUUUGGGGUUCUCAUAGAGCACUACGCUGGGGAUUUUCCAUUGUGGCUCUCCCCGAUUCAAGUUAGAGUUUUACCAGUUACUGACACACAGCUUGAAUACUGCAAAGAUCUGAGCAACCAACUGAGACGUAAUGGCAUUCGAACGGAAGUCUGCCAUGGCGAGCGUUUGCCAAAGCUCAUUAGAAAUGCAGAGAAGCAGAAAAUUCCUUUGAUGGCGGUUGUGGGACCUAAGGAAGUUGAGACUCAAAGUGUUACAAUAAGAUCCAGGUUUAGUGGGGAGCUUGGAACCUUGAAAGUAGAUGAAUUUCUAGACAAAAUCAAGUUUGCUAUUGAAAAAAGGACUUCGUUAUGAAGUUGGUAGUGAUGUUGGCUGAUGGGGAAUUUAUAUUUUUAUUUGUUUAUAGGAUUACAAAAUUCUCAAUGUAAAUGUAAAUGUAAAUUGAGCACACUUCAUAUUCUUUUUUAAAACAAGAGAAAAUUCUUCAGCCUGA